CGGAUUGACGGACGAAGCGCGAAGCGUCAUGCGUGUUGUGGAGAUUGAAAAGGCAUUCCGCUGCGAAUACUGCGAGGAUGUGUUUUAUUUGGAAGACGCUCUCAACUCUCACCGCGCGAUACACAAGGGCGUGAAGAAUCCAUUCGUUUGCCACAUAUGCAAAGUCAGCUUCGCCACUUAUUCCAGAUGCACAACCCACAAAACUACCCACGGUUUCUACAAGCGUUCCCUAGCUGAAGCCAAGAAGAACGCUUCCAAGCCCAGCGAGCCAGAAGCAGGCCCUUCAGCCACCGGUAUACUGGGAUAUGGAGGGUUUCCAGUCGUCAAGCACUUCCUUUGCUACGGAGGUUUUCCCAUCCUGAAGCACUUCAGGUGA